CCCGCCAGGAGCACCCCGCCGGCCGCUCGCCGCCUUUCCAUGACCGUCGGGGGCUGCCGGGGGGAGGCUCUCUCCCCCCAGCUGGGGGGGGACCGGGCAGAGCGGUGCCUCCGGUAACCUGCCUCCCUCCUCCUUCCCCGCCCGCCCGCCCGGGAAAACUUCGUCGCUUCGGGGGCGGGGGUCGCCCUCUCUCUGCCUGCCGGCUUCAGCGGCGGCGGCGACCCCCCGCGCUCUGCUCCGGAUCGCCUGGCUCGCGCGCGCUCUCUUCCCGCUUGCCGCCCGCUCUCCCGUCUCCUGCGCCCCCCCUCCCCGGUAAGGCGCAUGGCUGGGGCUGUGAAGAUUUGACACCCCCCACCCCCCGAUUUCUGGGAUCGCAGACGUGACAAUGUGGAUACAGUGGCUUUUAGUGACCAGGUCAGGUUCUCCUGUGCGAAGCCAUGCUUGGAUUUUAAUAGCCAUGUUUCGACUUGCCAUGGAUUUCUCGUCUUGUGAAUCUUUGGGCCGAGACCAUCAGCACCAGUUUUUGCAGAGACCUGCCCGCUGGUAUGGAUUCCCUCACCAUCUUUUGUGGAGCUUUAGGUCUGGACCAGCAGCCAGGAAGCCUGGGCUUCCUGGGAGCUUUGAUCUCUCCUCCUUGGAACAGUCCAACGGACAACCGCCAAGCCAGUACCAUUUCAAAAGUCUACGCAACGUUGCGGACCUCUUUUGGGAAAGCAGGCGAACGCCGUCCUUCACCCACGUGAAACUAAACCCUUCCCUGGCAGAUGGGGGUCCCGGGUCCCAGACUUACUUGAAAAGGAGGAAAAGGUACCUCCGAGCAAAGAGCAAGCCCACACUGGAGACCGAGGUGAUCGUAUGGGGAUCCACAAGCCCGUUGGAAGCCUUGGACACCAGCACACUUCCCAGGAUUUAUAAUGGCCCUGCCACCUCAGUUGUGGAAAGCGUGACCGGCGGUAUGACCACCACCACCACCAUCACCACCGCAACAGCUGCUUCUACAACAGUACAGUCCAAAGGACCUGGUACAGGGUUUGGUGCGCCUAAGAACCACUCCAGUGGGAUCAGCACACAGCUGCCCCCGUCGACUUCUGCUGGGAGCAGGAAAAAAGCUGAAGGUCCACCACCACCACCGAAAAUACCAGGAGACACUUCAGGUCUGGCCCUCCAUCAGAUUAUCACCAUCACCGUCUCACUCAUCAUGGUAAUUGCUGCGCUGAUCAUGACGCUCGUCUUAAAAAAUUGUUGUGCUCAAAGGGGGAACGCCCGUCGGAACGGCCACCAGAGGAAAAUUAAGCAGCAGGAAGAGAGUUGUCAAAACCUGACAGACUUUACCCCAGCCAGAGUGCCCAGCAAUCUGGACAUAUUCACGGCCUACAACGAAACCCUCCAGUGUUCCCAUGAGUGUGUGAGGACACCAGUCCCUAUGUAUGCCGAGGAGGCCAUACUUCCACCAGGAGACUACAAGACGUCAUUCAAUGGAAAUAGAGCAUCGUCCUCUGAUCGUCACCUCAUCCCUGUGGCCUUUGUAUCUGAAAAAUGGUUUGAAAUCUCCUGUUGACCAGCCAAAGUCCGUUUAACUUCCUGGGGG